AUGAUUAUGACAAAAUAAUGUCUAACUUGAUCUUGCAAAAAAUAUUGUUCAAAAUAGAUCGCAGUGCUGAGGAUUUAUUUAUAAAAAAAUGAGGAUAAAAAACUAUCAUUACAAUUUAGUUGCGCUGUCAAUUUUAACAGAUGCUAAAAUACUUUAUUCAAGGAAUUAUCAUUGAAUAAAAUCAAAGGCUGUAUGUUAUUACUUACAUAGUUUAAAAGAAAUUUUUUAAUUUUAUUAACUAAUCAUGGGCGGAUUUUAUCUUCAAUCUUUAGUAUGUCCUAAACGUAUUCAAUUAUCAGAGGAUAAAGAGAAUUCAUGUGGUAGCGACAGGACGGAAAAUCGGAUCUAUUUACCAUAUCCAUCGGUGUCACAAAAACACUGUAUAUUUAUGGUGACGAAACAUCAUGUACAAAUAAUUGAUUUUAAGAGUGACCAUGGCACAUUUAUCAAUGGUCGAGCAAUUUCGGCGUACUCGCCGGUGGAAAUUAUCGUCAAUGAUAUUAUUGGAAUCGGAACCAAUCAAACUAAGGACGAUGGUCGUAAAGAAAAUUGUGUGUAUAAACUUCAAUCUGAUGAUAUAUACGCACCUAGAACCAGCUCUAAUGAAAACAAAUUCAGACAAGAGAGAAAAUCAAAAACUUAUCCAUUAACUGUGCCAGAUGGAGUUUAUAAGCCAUUAGACACCGAUGAUGAAAUAGACAUAAGUAAUGAUGACUGUAAUCGUUCGUCAUCAGCGGAUCUAAUUUCCGAUGACGACACUGAUUGUGAAUUUUUGGAAAAUCAUUCGAAUAGUCAGAGUGAAACUGAGUUGGAUAACUUCUACUUAAACGAUUCAAAAGAAUUUAAAGAAGGCAAAAUAGAUAAAAGUACAAUCAGUCAAAAAAAUACUAGAAAGGCUGGAGGUGAGAAGAGUAAAAAAGACGGAUUCGAAGAUCAGUCGGGAGAAAAGGACGCAAUAAAAAAUAAAGCCAUUGAUAAAGCCAAAGAUAAAGUUAUGAGCGACGGAAAAGAUAAAGAUAAAAUGAAAAAUAAAGAAAGUGCAGAUAAAAAAAGAAAAUCAUCGCGCGAGAAUAAAAUUGCUAGUCAAGGCUAUAGUUUAAGCGAAUAUACCAUACCGAAGAAGAAAAUGAAAGACUCUGAUGGACGAACCAUAACUGUUGAAAAAGAAACUACUGAUAAUAAAUCUACUACAACUAGAUCAAUUCCUUCCUCAAGGGCAGUUGCAUCGACUAAAGUUUCGGAAGAUUCAUCAAAUCAUCAGACUACUCCGAAUGGUGGUAAAAGGGUUUCUAUCAACGAAAACAAAACACAAUCAAACAUUACUCGAAGUGAGAAAAAUAGUGCUUCGACAAGUUCUGGCGGUAUUUCUUCAGCCAUUACAAAUAAUAAAGAUAAAGUUAUCAAAAGAGAUUUUUCUGGAAAGGUCCAGAAUCAUGUUGCUGAUAGGGAUGUGAAUAAAAGUGUCGACAAUUAUUACAAUAAUGAUGAUAUAAACAACGAAUUGUCCCGCAAAACUAAUGAAUUUUUAUUGCGCAUUUUUAAAUGGGACCUAGCUUCCUUGGAUUCAGAAGAAGAUCGAGAGUUACAUAGUCCAUUAGAAGGGGAAUUGAUACCACAAUUAGCAUUUUAUACAAGCUAUGAUGAUUAUGAUAAAAUCAUGUCAAACUUGAUAUUACAAAAAAUAUGGAUCUAUAUAACUAGAAUUACUGACUGGAAAAAAAAUCCUUCCUUUUACGUAACCAUGAAAAAAAAUUCAAUUAAAAAGUCAGCGAUUGGUUUAGCUGAUGAGACAAUAACUGAAUUUGAAAUUGAAAUUGAAUUACCUCUCAAUCGAUCAGAACUAAAAGAUUUACAACAUCCUGAAAGUCACGAUUUCCUUAUACUUGAGUUGCCCGUACAAAUUAAUAACGAGAAAAUUCAAUACAAGCAAAUAUUCGCUUGCACAAAAAAUUAUCUUAAAACAUUUGGUCUCAUUACUUAUAAAAUCGUUACCCGAUCUUUGCCAGCGAAUAUUGUGUUCCAACAAAAACUGACAUUGCGAAAUGUCUGCCGUAUUGAUAAAUUUAUACGCAUGGCUAAAGCUAUCAAAUUUUUACCGUUCACUCCACUGAUGAAAGAUGUAAUUCAGCCACAUUCCGACAAAGAAGUCUAUGCUUUACCAAAAGUACCAGAUUAUAAGCCACCCAAACUAAUUACCAAUGAUAAUUUGCCUGGAAAUCAAACAGAAGCUGUCUUACGCAUCGCUAAAGCACUCGCUGGGUCAGAUCCUAAAAUUUGUUUUCUAGAAGUCUCACGUUCAAAUAAAUUAGACAUUAUCGCAAAUAUUAUUACGGAGAUCGUUUACGAUAAAAAUAAAUAUCAAACUGAUAAGCGAAACCGUAUACUUGUAUGUGCUCGCCGUGAUGAUUCGGCAGAUGGUAUUACGAUUAAAUUAAUCGAUGUUCGGGAAAAACUGAAAAAUGAUCACAAGCCGAUGGAAAUCGUUCGUAUAGGUAAUUCUAGAACUAUAAAUCCACGCACUCGUCAUGUUUCUUUAAAUGAAAUGACUCAUUCAGUAAUGAAUAAAGGAGUCAGUAAUACCAGCGUAGAUAACGAAGUAAACCGCCUGCGAUCAAAAAUAAACUACAUAAAUAUGCAAUUAAAGUCAAGCAACUGUUCACCUAGUGCUGAACGCGAAUUGAAAGAUAAACUGAAACAUUGUGAGUCGGAACUAUUACUACUGAAAAAGAGUUGCAAACAACCCCAUUAUUAUGACAAAGAAUUUCAGGAUGUGAAUAACAGUAUAUUGUGGAAAGCGGAUGUUAUCACUUCUAUCUCAUCGUCAUUUUUCAGUCAUCAGAUGGAGUGGGCAUUUGGUCUCGAAAGUCCAAAUAAAAUAGACAUAUGCAUUAUCGACGAAGAAAACUUCAAUUAUGAGCCAGAGACACUUACUACUCUAAUGCUUGGUGUCACUAAAAUAUUACUGAUUAAAAAUCCAAGAGUUUCGCAUAAUUUUGAUGUUAUCAAAGCCAAAAAAUUUGGUAAUCUAUCACUUUUUUCACGUAUUAGUGAAAACUUUGACAUAAAUCCAAUUAUAUCUUUAAUUCAUUAGUGUACGUAAUGAAUUUAAAAAACAAAAAAAAAGAAAUUGAUUUAUUUGAUAUUUGACGGAUCAAAAUUUUUUAUGUUCCAUGAAAAUCUUGACUGCUUUUUAAUCCCUGUUUAAAAGAAACGAUUCAAAACGAUUCAAUUUUACUACUAUGUAAAUACACAUUCAUCCUUGAGUGAAUAGUUUUGUUUAACCAGGCAUUGUAUUUUGAAUUAUUUUUUUACUUAAACUCUAAUCUUUAUAGAAAUAUUUAAGCUUAACCCAGUUAAAUUAUUAACAAU